AUGUUCUUGUUGCUUUCAUCAUUUCUUCCAUUCAUCGGGGCGUUUUCAGCAAAUGAUUCGACGGGUCCGGAUGUUGUGAACAUUGGGGCCAUUUUUGUAUUAAGCACGAUCAACGGCAAGGUUGCGAAGAUCGCCAUGAAUGCUGCAGUUGAAGAUGUGAACUCUGAUCCUAACUUUCUUGGUGGGAGAAAGUUAAACCUCUCCAUACAUGAUUCGAAUUACAGUGGCUUUCUUAGCAUUAUUGGAGGAUUGCGGUUCAUGGAGAUGGACACCGUGGCAAUCAUCGGGCCCCAGGUCUCGAGCACGGCCCACAUCCUGUCCCACCUGGCAAACGAGCUCCACAUUCCCAUGCUCUCGUUCACGGCCCUCGACCCCACUCUCUCCUCCCUUCAGUACCCUUACUUCAUCCAGACGGCCCCCAACGACCUCUACCAGAUGGCUGCCAUAGCUCAACUCGUGAGCUUCUGGGGCUACAAGGAGGUCGUGGUCAUCUACACGGACGACGAUCAGAGCCGAGGAACCAUGGCAGCCUUGGGUGACGAGCUAGCUAAGAGGCGCUGCGAAAUCUCCCACAAGGCUGUGCUCUCACCCGAAACCCUGGCCAAUAAGUCUGAGAUCCGUACCGAGCUCGUCAAACUCUCGAUGGUCGAGUCCCGGGUGAUUGUGGUCCACUCGUAUGCCGUGAUCGGGCUCCGAGUCCUGAGCCUGGCCCGUGAGCUGCAGAUGAUGACCCGGGGAUACGUUUGGAUCGCGACAGCCUGGCUCUCGACCGUGAUCGAGUCGGACCCUGAUUUCGGGGACAGGGACUCGGGGAACAUGCAGGGGAUUAUUGCUCUGCGGCCCCACACACCGGAUUCCGAGCGGAAAAGGACGUUCUCGUCCAGAUGGGGAAAAUUGAACAACGGGUCGGUUGGGCUGACCGCGUACGGUUUCUACGCGUACGACACGGUUUGGACUGUUGCAUAUGCUGUUCGAGCUUUUCUCGAGCGUGGGGGGAAUAUCUCAUUCACUAGAAGGCCAGAUUUGUACGGGUUUUCGGGGAGUGGGAAGUUGAAUCUUGGUGCCUUGAGCAGGUUUGACGAGGGGAGUGAUUUUCUUGAGGAUAUACUUAGAACGAACAGGACGGGUUUAACGGGUCUGGUCGCAUUCAAUCAGGAUAAAUCCGUGGUUCGUCCAGCUUUCGAUAUUCUCAACGUCGUCGGGAAAGGUUACAGGCUGGUUGGAUACUGGUCCAACUAUUCGGGACUCUCGGUUGUGGCCCCGGAGGUUUUGUACGAUAAGAGGCCCAACCAGUCGAGCUCCAGCCAGAUGUUGGGGGAAGUUGUAUGGCCCGGUAGAACAAGGGUCAAACCGAGGGGGUGGGUUUUCCCUCACAAUGGGAGGAAGUUGAGGAUCGGGGUUCCUGACAGGGUUAGUUUCAAAGCUUUUGUGUCGAAAGACGAAAAUACGAACGAGAUUCACGGCUAUUGCAUUGAUAUAUUCCUCGCGGCCAUAGACUUGCUUCCUUAUGCCGUGCCUCAUACGUUCGUUUUGUUCGGGGAUAAGCACCAUAAUCCGAGUUACGGGCAGCUCGUAACCAUGAUCACUUCCAAUGUUUUUGAUGCUGUUGUUGGGGAUAUUGCGAUUGUGACCGAGCGGACAAAGAUUGUGGAUUUUACUCAGCCGUACAUAGAGUCGGGCCUAGUGGUGGUUACCCCUAUGAGAAAGUUGGACUCGAGCGCGUGGGCUUUUAUGCGGCCGUUCAACCCUCUGAUGUGGGCCGUCACGGCCAUUCUCUUCCUCGUUGUUGGGGUCGUGGUUUGGAUCUUGGAGCACAGAAUAAACGACGAUUUUCGCGGCCCGCCUAAGAAACAAUUGGUCACAAUGUUAUGGUUUGGCUUCUCAACAAUGUUCUUUGCACACAGAGAAAAAACGAUGAGCACGCUCGGGCGCAUGGUCCUAAUCAUCUGGCUCUUUGUGGUCCUUAUAAUCACAUCAAGCUACACGGCCAGCUUGACCUCGAUCCUCACCAUCCAGCAUUUGUCUCCGUCCAUUCAGGGGAUCGACUCCUUGAUCUCGAGCAACGGCCGUGUAGGUUUUCAAGUCGGCUCUUUUGCCGAGACUUAUUUGGCGGACGAGCUCAACAUCGCCAGGUCAAGGCUGGUCUCGCUCGACUCCCCUGAAGCCUAUGCAGAUGCCCUCAUCAAAGGGAGAGUUGCUGCCGUUGUCGACGAACGUCCGUACGUCGAUUUAUUUCUGUCGAAUUAUUGCAUGUUCCAAGCUGUCGGGCGCGAGUUCACCAAGAGUGGUUGGGGAUUCGCAUUCCCAAGAGAUUCCCAGCUCGCCACGGACUUGUCAACCGCAAUCCUAACCCUAUCCGAAACCGGAAAGCUCCAAGAGUUACGUAAAAAGUGGCUGAGCUCACGAAGCUGCCCCGAACAAGGCUCAGACGAGGACUCAGAGCAGCUUCAGCUCAAGAGCUUCUGGGGCCUCUUCCUCACAUGUGGAGUGGCUUGCUUUCUGGCACUUUUGGUCUAUUUCUGCUCAAUGGUGCAUAAAUUCAAGCGCUACAUAUCCGAACUUUCCGCACCAUGCAGCAGCAGCUCGAUAUCCAUGCGGAUCAAGGGAUUCUUGUCAUUUGUGGACGAGAAGGAGGAGGAGAUGAAGAACAUGCUCAAGAGGAAACGAAGGGAGGUGGUGUCGAGCCGGGAUCCCCAAAUGGGAGUCGAAUGA